AUGGCGCAGACCAAAAUGAUUACGCCACAAAGUUCUCUGUUGAAAUAUGACUCGCCCAUCCUCAUCUCCAAAACCACCGAUAUCAACUUAGACGAGCUCCUCAAGCCUCUCCCACCAAAGCAUGACCAGCGCGCCAAGCCCGUUCCCUUGAAGAAUCUGCAGCCAUGGGGCCGUGUCGACCCCAUCGAUCAGCAAAAACCAGAGGAUAUUCUUCCUAAGAUCUUGCCACCUGUUGUUUUUGAGAAAGACGGGCAAAAGUGGCUCCAGAAGGUCUCUUCAACGCCUGCUACCAGACUCGACGUUCAGCGACUUGCAGAACAAUUGGACAGAAAACUUGAGCUUCGAGAGGCCCGAGAAACUGGAAUCUGCCCAAUUCGCCGAGAACUCUAUAAACAAGCAUUUGACGAGAUUAUCAGACAGGUAACAAUCAACUGUGCCGAGCGAGGUCUUCUUCUUCUUCGAGUUCGGGACGAAAUCAACAUGACUCUCCAAGCAUAUCAAACCAUUUACGAAUCAUCCAUCGGUUUUGGCUGCAGAAAGGCUCUUUACGCGAAAAAGAGCGAGAUCGAGACGAGCAACUUGGUGAGCAGUUUGCAGGGCGAGCUUGCGCAACUCGAGAAAGAAUCCGCCGAUCUUAAAGCUAAAAUCGAGGCUGUCCAGCGGAAGGAGGAGGCCGAGCGAGAGGCACUCAAGAAAAAACAAGCGGAGGAAGUCCAGUUCCUUAAGCGAAACAACCAACAGCUGAAGCAGAAACUCGAAGGAAUUGUCCAGGCAAAGAAGUAA